UGAUUUAGUUAUUGUUGGGUUGAAAACGUUUGUGUUUUUUUCUGCUUGUCUCCAUUAUUGUCCAUUCGUACAUCUUCACUCACUGCAACUCUCUCUCUCUCUCUUUCUCUUUCUCUAUUGCAAGAAAGAUGGCACUUUCAUCUUUUCUCUAAUACGGAGUAUUUCUUAAUUCAUUCACGGUUUUUAGCUUUCUGGGUAUCCGGAAAAGUAUUCAAAAAAGUGACCUUUUUUUUGUGUUAAAGAUUCAAGCUUUGGGUCUGGGAUUCUCUGUGCUUCUUGAUAUUGUGGAGUUGUGGUUUCAAGGAUGACUGUGGAGGAAACUAGGAGGAAUAUGGGGGUUGAUAGGGAAAAUUACCACAAUUUCCCAGUGGGUAUGAGAGUUCUUGCUGUUGAUGAUGAUCCUAUUUGCUUGAAAUUAUUGGAAGGCCUGCUUAGAAAAUGCCAGUAUCAUGUAACUACAACGAGUCAAGCAAGAAUGGCACUGAAGAUGUUGAGAGAAAACAAAGACCGAUUCGACCUGGUAAUCAGUGAUGUUCAUAUGCCUGAUAUGGAUGGUUUUAAACUGCUUGAACUCGUGGGGCUUGAGAUGGACCUUCCAGUCAUCAUGCUGUCAGCUAAUAGUGAUACCAAGCUUGUAAUGAAGGGAGUAACUCAUGGUGCUUGUGACUAUUUGGUGAAACCUGUGCGAAUCGAGGAGCUGAGGAACAUCUGGCAACAUGUAAUCAGGAAAUCCAAGGGCCAAAACAAGUUUGAUGAUCAAGACAAUGGUUAUCGAGGUGGGCAGGGGUUCCCACUGACAGGUUCCGGGGAACAGAAUGCAUUACUCAACAAGAAAAGGAAGGAUGAAGAGGACGAGACUAAUGAGAACGAAGACCCAUCCACCCAAAAAAAGCCUCGUGUGGUUUGGUCUAUAGAACUUCACAGGAAGUUUGUUGCAGCUGUUAACCAGUUGGGCAUUGAAAAAGCUGUUCCUAAAAGGAUUCUUGAACUGAUGAAUGUUGAAGGGCUUUCUCGUGAAAAUGUGGCAAGCCAUCUACAGAAAUAUAGGCUUUACUUGAAAAGAAUCAGUUCAGUUGCAACCCAGCAGGCGAACAUGGUGGCUGCUUUAAGGGGUAAAGACUCGGCUUUCAUGAGAAUGGCUUCACUAGACGGGCUUGGAGAUUUUCAAUCAUUGGGUGGACCUGGAAGAUUUAAUCAUACUACACUGUCUACAUAUACACCUGCUGACAUGCUCGGUAGACUAAGUAGUGCCACUGGUAUAAGUAUUCGCAACCUUAGUGCACACAAUCACGCCCAGAAUUUGGAGAACUCCCUUGGUUCUGAUGGGAAUUUGAACCCAAACAUUUCGCUUUCAAGCCAUAAUGCUGCUAGUUUGUUUCAAGGAAUUCCAUCGCCUUUAGCUGUACAGGAGCUGAAUCCUUUGGAAAAUUCUCGGGCGCUUACUGCAUUUUCAGAUUCUGGAUCUGUUAUUGGUAGCUCAACGAAUCCUAUCAUGCUUCAAGGAAGCCCCAAGCAAGAGCUAAUCGGGGGAGGAUUUGGGAACCAACAUUCUCUCAACAUGGCUUCUUUAAGUUCUGAACUUUAUAACACUGGUGUCAAUAGUUCCUCCAAUUUUCUUGGCCAUGGCAGAUGUAGUGAGAAUUGGCAGGCUUCUAUUCAAGUUUCAGAAUUCCAGUCUGGCUCUUACCCAUUAACCGAAACAUUCAGUCAUAGCCAGUUGCCUCAAAAUUGCGAGAGAGAACACGAUUUACAUAGCAGCCCUGUUGCUUGUACAACAUUUGAAGAUUCAAGAGAAGCCCAAGUACCUAGGCAACAGAAUCAGAACUCAAAUGACAUUUUCAGAAACUUGAGCUCUCAUGUUCCUGGUAAUGGUAUGACACCUUCUUUAAGCCAGGGAUCUUUGGUUCUCUUUCACCAAAAUGGGAAUGAAAUGGCAACCCCAAACCCCAGGACAAGAUCCAACGAAGAUAACCUUUUGGAGUCCACAAAGACACAUGGGGCAUUUGUAUCUCAAGGCUUUGACGCGCUGGAUGAUCUAAUGAAUGCAGUGAUUAAGCAGGAAGAAGAUAAUAGAGGCACGUUGGAUGGGGAAUUUGGAUUUGGUGCUUACCCAUUUGGUUCUUGUAUUUGAGGAUGGAUUUCAGAAGGACAACAUCCAUCUGGCUGCUGUGUAUCUUUGGUCUAUCAAGUUAGAAGACUAGAAUCUGUAAUGAUGUUUAGCUUUCUCCUCUUUAACUGUUGUGCUAGCUAGUAUCCCACUUUAUGUACUGCUUUGUUGAUUUGUUAAUGGAAACUUCUUUUUUUCUUAUUAA